AUCUCCGGACAUUCACCACGAGGACCUGAGUGCAACAUGGCGUGAGAUUGAUGCAAAGGAUAACGCAUUGACUUCAGAGGCUGCAAAAACAUAUAUGAGAAAAUUGAAGUGCCAUUGUCCACCACGUGAUGUCAAGUAUUUUAAUAUACUCUUGUUGGGACCAACAGGGACAGGGAAAUCAUCUUAUUGUAAUACAUGUUUAACAGUUGUAGGAAAUUCUAAGAUGGUUAAGAUUGGUGUCGCACAAACUGGUCGAAGUUCAGAAAGGAUUGUAAGAACAAUGCUACGUCCUAUUUGCUCAUUUGAUAAAGAAAACAACCUUCUCUUGAUACGACUAUUUGAUUGCCCAGGAAUGCUUGAACACAGAGGCAUAGGUUUAGAAGAAAUGAAAUUUAUCAUUAAAGGGAAUACUAAGCCAAAAUCAAUAAUUAAAUCAGCAUUGGAGAUGAAAGAAGACAAAGAUAUUUAUCGUGAUAAUCCCACUAAAAACGACAUGAUGCACGUUGUUGUCUUUGUGUUAAGAUGUGACAAAACGAUCAACUGUGAACAACAGGUUGCUGAUAUUCAGGAGCUACUUGACCCGCUUGGAAUUCCUUUCCUCAUUCUAUACACUGCUGUGGAUAAGAUUGAUGGUGUCACUGAUGAAGUGGAAAGAGUAUUUCAAAAUGGUAUCGUGAAAAGAAAGUGUGAAGAACUGUCAAAGUUACUCAAUAUUGACCAGAAAUACAUUUUGCCUAUGUCAAACUACCACGACGAUGCCUUUCCUAGACCAUCAAAGAACGCUUUAGCUCUGUACAACCUGUUUCAGAUGGUUUGUGCAGCUUAUGACAACUUAAACCAACCUGAAAACGUUCCUUCAGAUUUCUUCAAAUAGCAUAACAGGUUGUGUUUUGUUGUGUAAAUCUGAAACAAUUGAAUACAAGAAUAGCUAAUUCACUGAAAGGAUGUCAGAUCGGGCUCCACAAAAUUGAUAGGGAAUUGUUCUCUUCUAAAUACAUCAUAUCU